UUGAAUGCUUCGUGUAGUUUCAGCUCGUUGCCACCAGAGGACCGUUCAACACGCAGCACUCAGAUCUGAGGCUCUGAACAGGCCUCAGUGUUAAAGGUGACAUUUCUUUCACAUUUCAGUUGAUCUUCUCAUCACUUUCUGAAAUCAGGGAGGGUUAAUUUUUCCAGGAAGUCACUUUGAAGGUAAACAACCACUUUUAUAUCCUCCUGCUGCCUCUUUGGAUCGUCACACCCUGGAUCAUUGCUCUCCUCUGUUUAAUAUCUUUAUUUCUGUAGAAUCUGACACCGCUUCACUCAGCUCUUUUUUCUCUUUUACUGCUCAUUAUCUUGUGUGGCACGUCUUCCUCCAGGUCACCACGGUGGAGAGGAGGUCAUGAGGCCCGGGCACCGCUUGGCGAUGCCUCGUCCUGCACAGUCGUCCUCCUGCAUCCACACACUUUAUAUAUAUCACACAAGUUGUGUCAGAUAUUCUGUCAAUGCAACUUGUAAACUGGGAUUUUGUUGUUCUGUUCUGCAACAUCUACUGCAUGUCUGUCCAUCCUGGCAUCCUCCUCCGCAAUGGAUUUAAUUUUUGAUUUUUGACGGUGUCAUGUACGUUGAGACCGUUUCAUUCCCAGAUAAAACUUAAUCCUAUAACUGCAUCAUGUGUCUUGUCUUUGAAAAUGAAGUUUAGUGAAUAUUUGGGUGAACUGAACCUUUAAGAGUGAUCGAUGCCUGUAAGUCGAUGCUGAGGGCGCAGAGCCCCGCCUGGCUGUGAUGGGCUGGAUGACAUUGCGGAAGGGUUUUUCCUGGAUCCUCACCCCUCCUCUUCACAACAACACACCGGGAGUCAGGACCAGCUUCUUCACCAGCAGGAACCCGGAGUCAACAGGCGGAUCAGAACCCAUCCGAGCCCCGGAGACGUCCCCCUCCUCCGCCGGAGCGAUGGCCCAGGCGAACAUCUCGGUGACGGAGAGCCAGUUCAGGUGUCCCGUGUGCCUGGACAUCCUGAAGGACCCGGUGUCCACCCCCUGCGGACACACCUACUGCAUGUCGUGCAUCAACAACUACUGGGACCAGGCUGAGUCGGGCCAGUUCAGCUGCCCGCAGUGCCGGGAGACGUUCAGCCCGCGGCCGGUGCUGCGCAGGAACACGGUGCUCGCCGAGGUCGUCGGCAAACUCAAGCUGAGCGAGAUGGUCACGGCUCCGGAGCUGUACCUCGGGGGCGUCGGGGACGUGCCGUGCGACUUCUGCCCGCCGGAGAGCAAGCUGAGGGCGGUCAAGUCGUGCCUGGUGUGCCUGGCGUCCUUCUGCGAGCUCCACGUCCUGCCGCACCGGGAGGUGGGCACGCUGCGGCGGCACAAGCUGGUGGCCGCGGUGGAGAGCCUGGCGGAGCGGCUGUGCGCGCAGCACCGCCUCGGACUGGAGCCCGCGGGCGGAGGCUCCGAGGCGGAGGCCGCGGUGGAGUGGAGCGGGGACUGCCUGCUGUGCGAGGCGGACCAGGAGGAGGUGCACGGUGUGGACGCGCAGAGAGCCAGGAGACAGCUUCAGCUCCAGGAGACUCAGAGGAUCAUUCAGGAGAGGACGCGAGGUGGAGAGAGAGAGCUGGAGGAGUUUCAGCAGAGCCUGGAGUCCCUGAAGGUGUCAGCGUCGGCCGUGUUGGAGGACGGUGAAGCUCUGUUUGCAGACAUGGCACUGCGCCUGGAGAAAACCAAGGCGGAGGUUCGAGCGAGGCUGGAGGCGAAGGAGCGAGCGGUGGUCGGGAGGGCCGAGCGGGACGUGGAGAUGCUGGAGAAGGACCUGGAGGAGCUGAGGAGGAGAGACGAGGAGAUCAGUCAGCUUCUGCAAACCGAGGACAACGCACACUUCUUACAGGCGGCUCCUCUGCUAUGCGUCGCUCUCACCACCGGUCGGCACUCCAGAGCCCUCAGCCUGCCCACGGAGGCCUUCAGCGGCGCAAGGAGAGCGCUGUGCCACCUCCGCAGCCGCGUGGAGGAGGUCUGCAGGGAGGAGGUGGACAAGAUCAGCAGGGCAGUCAAUGAGAACUACGUGUCAGGUGCAGAGUGUGUAAAAGGUGGUGCAGAGAACUCCAAACCGCAGCAAACACAAUCUGCAGGGCAACACGGGGCAGUGCCGGUGUCGUUCCCUCUCUCCUCUUUGUCCCUGCAGCCGGCUGAUCAGAGGAUGAGGGCGGUCUUCCUCAGGUUUUCGAGUCGUCUGUCGUUGGACCCUGAUACUGCCCACCCUACCCUGGUCCUCCUCGAGGGGCCCCAGGGUGCCCACUGCGGCGAGGAGCCCCAGUCCUACCCACCUCACCCGCAGCGCUUUGAUUCUGUAGCCCAGGUCCUGUGCAGGGAGGGCCAGUUUGGCGGUGCCAGCUACUGGGAGGUGGAGUGGAGGGGCGGGGGAUGGGUCGACAUCGGCGUCACCUACCGAGGUAUCGGACGUAAAGGUGGUGGAAAGCCCUGCCUGCUGGGGCGCAACGAGAACUCCUGGCGUCUGAGGUGCACGCAGGCCGGAUACGCUGCCUGGCAUGACAACCGUAAGACCACGGUGGCGGCACCGCCCUGCCCCAGAAUCGGCGUGUUCCUGGAGCGCCAGAAAGGAGCGCUGUCCUUCUACAGCGUGUCGGACACAGUGGUGCUCCUGCACACCUUUCGGUGCCCGUUCUCUCAGCCGCUGUACCCGGCCUUCCGUCUGGACCUGGACUCCACCCUGCUCAUCUGCCCCCAUGACGGAGGCAACGGAAACCCGACCUAACACUUCUCCCCGCUCCUCAUCCAAAGAACCCUCGUUUAAACACUGCAGGAAAGCGCUGCCCAGUCUGACACAUGAAGAGGCUGCUGGUGCAGAAACAACAACGUCAGGAAGAAUCAUUACAGUCAGGAUCACUUUUCUUUUUCCAUACAUCACUUUUUCCAUAGUCUCUCUUUGUGUGUGUGUGUGUGUGUCUCUGCUGAGAAAACCUGAUUCUCUUUUUUUCAUUUUUGUAACAUUCUCUUCUGAUCAUAAAUACCCUUUUGGAUCUCGGUCACACUGAGCUAUAAAGCAUAAAUAAAUAUAUUUUUCACAGCAUCCAUGAUGACAUGUCAUGAUAGGAAAAAUCACAGAGAAAUAAAAGUACAUUUAAAAGUAUUUAAAGGAGACGUAUUAUGAUUUUUUAUUUGUUUUCCUUCUUUCAGUGUUUCAUAUUUUCUCGUGCAUGUAAAAGAUCUUGAGAAUUGAAUAGAAGCUCCUCUCUCCCACAGAAAACAGUGCUCCUUAUACGCCUCGUCAGUAGUCACACCUUUAAUUCUGUGACUUUGUGACAUCACGCUACAUCGCGCAGUCACACAUUUGCAUAGCUUAUGCCUAGCAGCUAAUAAGAAAUGAUUGAGCACAUCUGCUCAGGCGUGCAUGAGCUGACCAAUCAGAGCGGAGUACGUAAAUGGGAGGAGUCUGAGAAAACUGAUGUGUUUAAAGCCUGUAAAACUUUUCUACAAGUAGCUAAAAAUAAAAUGACGAACUUGAGAAUGAGCAUAAUAUUUCUCCUUUAACAUGGGCAUGCUAUCGCAGUGCUGUAAUUUUUCGUAGAAACAUUAUUUUUAAUUCAGCUUUUUCCUUUUGUGACAUGUAAAAAUGUCUCCUGUGAAAAAAGAGCCUGAAUCAUCUGUUCUCUAAUAAUCAGUGAGUGGGACAAUAUCUCUCAGCCUCAGUCAGCCUCACAAAGUAUUCACUCUGAUUUGUGUUUCAUGUUGUUUUCUUCGUACUAGAAUUAUUUGUAGGUACAUUAAUGAUACAUUUUUUUAUUUUAUACAUUGUUCAGUGUCAGAGGGUGGAUGUUUAUUAUACCUUAUUGAACUUCCUACAACAACAGGCUGAACAUUUAGUACCUACAACUACUUGAAUACCCACUGCGAGAGAUUUGUUUGUAUCCAUCUCACUGCCACGUGACAUCAGAGACCUCAUGUCACCUGCAAAACUGACCUCCGCUCCAGACAUCGACUUUAUGCUUUCUGUGGUCUUCUCAAGUAGAUUCUUGGCAAGAGAGCAACGCUUAAUUCAGGUGUUGAACUACCGCAGCUCUUCAUUUUUUGAUUUCAAGUUCCUGUCAGUGGACUUUUUAUCCAUAUCAUAUCCAUUUUAUGUGACUUUAUGAAUCAUUUUCAGUAACAGUAAGGUGAAAAGUGACAUUCUAACGCUGUCAGGAAAAACCACGCGAGACUCCACAACCAUCCAGUAACAUGAUCAAUGAUUUAAGAAUAUAUUACUGUUGUUGCAACACUGGUUUAAUUGUGUUUUUCAGAGAAAUGUGCUGUGCAUGCUUCUUAAUCUCAUAUCCGAUCAUAUAUAAUCAAGUCCAGUCUUAUUAUUACCUCAUAUCCAUUCAGUCAAGGUUGAAAAGUUUGAUGGUAGCAUUACAUGGGAUAAGUAAUCCACCUGCACCGCUAACUGAGCGACCUCCUCCUCCACCUGAACGGAUGCCAUACUGUAGCCACAGGUUUUUUUUCAUGGAUUAUUUUUUCUACGCCUCAUUGGAGUUUUUUGUUUUUUGAACGGUGCUACUAUUCCAGAGGACUGUCGAUCACCUGACCGAGCACUGUGUGAGGCCUUUAAAACCAAACCGUUAGCAAGGAAUCGAGUAUUUUAAUUCCAAAGAUCACACAAGCGCAUCGAAAUCUUUUAUUUGUAAAACAUUUUUUGAAGGCUUGUUAAAAAAGUACAGUAAGAAUUUUAAUAAAAAGUUGUAACAGUUCCACAGGAGCAUUUCUUGGAAAGUUAUAUUUCUGAAUUUGCCAACCUUAUAUUAUCAAUCCAAAGUAAGAAACACUUUUUCUUUUUUUUUUAAUUUUGCCAUGAAGUGCAUUAUUCCACAAACUGUAUAUUCUUAUCUUGUAGCAUUUUGUCCACCUGUUUACUCGCUGUACUUCAAUUACCGUUAACGUGACUGUAAAACUUGUUGAAUGUAUGUAUGUUGUUGUUGUUGUUGUUGCGUUGCUUUUUCCGAGAUGAGUUCAUUCCACCUUUACUCACAAUAAACUGAUCCACUGAGGUCU